CCGGCGGCCGAGGGACGGCGGGUCAGAGCGAGCGGGCGGAGGGGCGGAGCGUGUCGGCGCCAUGCCCGGGCUGUGGGAGCGGCUGGCGGGCGGCGAGCGGGGCAGCCUGGAGAGCUCCGACUGCGAGUCGCUGGGCAGCGCCUCCGGCUCGGAGGGAGACCCCGAUCAGACUUCCCUGCCGGACCUGGAGCUGCUGCACGACCCCGAGGACGAGCUGCUGAGCGCCCGGCUGCUGGAGCUGGUGCAGGCCGCGCUGGGCAGCGCCCCGCUGGGCUCCCGCCGCCGCUCGCGCCUGCUGAUGCCGGCCCAGCUCGCCGCGCAGCUGAGGAGCGAGCUGCUGCGCCUGGCCUGCAGCGAGCCCUGCGGGCUGCGCGGGGCCCUCCUCGACCUCUGCGUGGAGCACGGCAAGGCCUGCCACGACGUGGGGCACAUCGCCGCGGACCCCGCCGUGGUGCCCACCUUCCAGCUGACCCUGGUGCUGCGGCUGGACUCCCGCCUCUGGCCCAAGAUCCAGGGGCUCCUCGCCUCGGCGCCCGCCUUCAGCCCGGCCUUCAGUCAGUCCCUGAAGCUCAGCACGGGCUUCAGGGUGAUGAAGAAGAAGCUGUACAGCUCCGAGCAGCUGCUCAUCGAGGAGUGCUGAUGUGGAGGGGGCCGCUGGCCUGGAGAGCGAGGUGGCCGAGCGCGGCGCCCACUGUCACGGGGGAGGCCCAGGGGUGUAGCUGGGGCCCCGCUGCGAGCCCCACGUUCCGUGGUCCCACGAGGAGGGUGGUGGCCAUGCCCCUGGGCUCAGCAGCAGGGCUGCUGCAGGGGCAGGCACUCUCCUGCUGAUCAGUUUUUUUUUUUUUUUUUUUUUAACGAUGAUUGUAAUCAAUGGGGUUUCUGGGGGAGGGUGUGUGUGUGUGUGGGUGGGAGUGAGCAAUGGCUGAGCUGAGCCUGGAUCAGAGGAAACCCCACUGCUGGCAUCUGGCAGCUGCGUUCUGGGUCCCAGUGCGGCAGCGGGGGUCCAAAAUCAUGUGCAUCUUUGUCACGGGGAGAAGCCUGGUGUGUGAGUGGCACGGGGACGGAGGGCGGGACCCCUCCCCAUUACGGCCCGUGUGCUUCAUUGAUUACAGUUACACUCAUACACUUGAUGUUCAAGUGCAAGACUUCCUAUGCAAUCGUGUCGUUUUUUUACUUUUCUAAUAAAACCUGUCUCAUUGAUA